GGAUACCGAUUCUUGGUGCUGGUGUCCAGACAACUGUGUGGGUCACCAUGAUUGCAGAGCUGCCAGUGCAUGCGGAGAGAGUGCGCGUUGCAUGGGCUAGUCCUGCAGGGUGUACAGGGUACGUCUCCAGCAAACAGGACGGAGACAAUUCUAGGAGGCACAACGCCAGGGCGGUAGCUAGAGGGCAUACAAGAUUCGGAAGAAGGUCUUGGGAGCAAAUGGCGGCUGGCGCUAGAUUGGCGGCUCAUCUGUCGCGGUCGGUUGCUCUAAGCACGACCGCAUGCAGCACGUCGUCCAGGUGCAGUAGUGGGCAACUCCUCCCCCUUCCAGUGUGCAGGCAAGCGCCUUCACGCGCAUGGGGAUGCGUUCUGAAGCAAGCGUGCACUCUUUUAGGCGUGAAGACAGACUGGAGGCAGACGUCAUUUGCUGCAGAACUGACCGGGAUUAAGGCUAAUAGGAAUGGGCGAAGAUCCAAGAGGGGAAUGAUUGUAGCUGAUCUUGGUGGGGAGUAUUCAGAGAAUUUUGAUGAUGUUGAGAAGCACUUGGUGGACUACUUUACAUACAAGGCCGUCAAGACUGUUCUUGCUCAGCUGCUAGAGAUGAACCCGUCCCAGUACCGGUGGCUCUACAGCUUCGUGGUGGAAAAUCAACCACAAGAUAGCGUGGUCUUUAUCAGGAAACUCGUAAAGGAAAAGCAAGAGCUCGCAGAGCGGGUGAUGGUCACCCGCUUGCACCUUUUCAACCAGUGGGUCAAGAAAUACAACCAUGCGGACUUGUACGAAUCUAUACAGAAGCAGAACCUGGCCUUGCUCAGGGAGCGUCUCAUGCAAACGGUCAAAUUCGAUGAGGAAGUACCCAAGGAUACGUAACGUGUUGUGAUCCUUCGAAAUAAUAGCUUGUGGGUGCGAAAGCGAGUUGGUGGAGGUUGAAGUGAUUGUACAUUGGGUAUAGCAUGCUGGGAUCCAGAACUUUGGAACCGGCUUAAUCGUGGCCAUCCCUGCACCGGUCUGCAGUGGCUGGGAUUCAUUCGAAAACGGUUAGUGAGGAACGGGCAAUACUUGUACAGAUUCUUGCAGGACAGGUUUUAUUGCACCUAGUGCUGACAUUCAGACAAACACUUCAGGAUCAGAAGAACUGGGAUUUUUUGAAAGGGCGCACAAUAAGUUUCAAGUAAAGAGUAGAUUCGGAAGCUCCUUUAGUACAAAUCAGAGGCCCGCUGUAAAAGGCUGCACGUGGGCUCACAAGGGUACGGUUAGCCUUACACACAAUUGUAUUUGACCAGUGUUGCAGACCCCUCAAGCAUGUACGGCUGUAUAAAGGUAUGUCUGCAGCUCUGAUUACUUGAUUGCUGAGUGUCCUGGAUGGAUUUCGAUCA